AUGGUGCCCCGUCUGCGCAGUCGGGCGCUGCGGGAUAAUGUCACUUGUCACGUUCGUCUUGACGCCUGCGCAUCCCUUUUGGUUGCUGUACCCAAGAGCCGAGGGGAAGCAGUCCCUGCUGCUGCUUUACCUGGUUGUGUCCAUCCUGACUGCCCCAUCCCACAAGACCUAUCUUCGCUGCGAGGGCAGAUUAUACCAGAAAGAAGGUUUGUAGAAGCAAUAAAUCGUCAAGCAUAUCAAUAUGAAAUGGGUGAUUUUCCAAUAGAAUGGGAAGCAUGGAUAAGAAAAAAAAGAAAUGAUCCACCUACCCUUGAGGAGAUUCUUAAGAAUGAAAAUUAUAGAGAAGAAAUGAAACAGAAAAUCAAAGAGGUAGCCGAAAAGGAUAAGCUGCUGCAGGCCUCGGAAUACAAGGAGGGACUUGUUGCUGAACCAGUUCAUACUCGUGUUAAAGGCCACGCGUCAGCCCCUUACUAUGGAAAAAAAGAGCCUUCACAGGAUCCAACUAGCACUGCGAGUACCUUCCAGCCAGGUUCCUGGAUGCCACCAGGCAGUGGCAGUAGUCAUAAUAAAUAAAACAAUCGUAAUGGACAGAUAUUGCUGAUGGAUAAACAUUUUAACAGGCAACAUAAACAGCUGUUAUAUGCGAGUGUGCAAUAAAGUAAUAUUAAAGCAGUUUCAUUUAUUUUUGAAGAACUGUUCAAAUAGGCCUAAUCAAGACAAACUACUGUAAAAUUUUGGGUUUAGUGAAAAACAGGGUAUGUUAUUUA